CUCCUUGCUGUUAACUGCGCAUCGCCAAUUUGAACGACCAUUGAACAUCUACAGCGUUGCAUUCAGACAUUGCCGAAAUCCCAAGUCGCGUACUGGUCUGCGCCCGUCGGCCCAUUUCUCUGCACAGGCGUUCAUCCGCCUCACCCAAUAUCGACAUCGAGCCGAGCUUGACUCCGCAUAUUGAAUAUCAAGUUAGGAUCAUACGCUCGACCACGAUUUCAAACUCCCCUUUGGAAAGAUGCCUGCGGAUUACUCAUCCACCGCCCGGGCACUGUCCGUCUCGACCUCGUCCCCAGAACCUCUGUCUCCGUCGGAGGAUGAGGCCUAUCCGCCAUGGAGCCGAAGGGCACCGGGGAGGCGGAAUUCAGCCAGUAUCUCCGGCGGACGACCCGCUACCCUCCGAGAUCAGAUCGUAGACCGAGCAACCAAGACAUAUCACCAGCUCCUGGAAUCGUGGCGCAAGAUGAACUUCUGGCAAAGGGUAGGGGCGGUGUCCGCGUUCUUAUUGGCCAAUCUCCUUGGAAUAGGCUUUCUUGUCUUUACUGGGAAGGUCUUCAUCUGGCUUCAACCCGUGGCGGCACAAUGGGAGCAUUCUCCUCUAGCCUACGGGGUUCUGUGGUUGUGUGUUUUCUUUGUCUCCUUUCCACCGUUGGUUGGAUGGUCCACAUUUGGAACUAUGGCGGGCUACAUCUUUGGGAUCUGGAAAGGAUGGCUUCUUUAUGCUUCCGCUACUGUGCUUGGGUCGACUUGUUCUUUCAUUGUGUCUCGGACAAUUCUAUCCAAAUUCGUCCACCGGUUGAUGGAACGCGACAAGAGAUUCGCAGCGUUGUCGCUGACGCUGAAGUAUGACGGCUUGAAAUUGCUGUGCAUGAUCCGCCUCUGCCCGCUGCCCUACUCGGUAUGCAAUGGGGCGGUCUCAACCUUCCCCACAGUUCAACCGUUGACGUAUGGGCUUGCCACGGCACUCAUUUCGCCGAAGCUGCUGGUUCCAGCAUUCAUCGGUAAUCGGUUGCGCGUCUUGUCGGAGAACAAUGAAGAGAUGAGCGCAGGCUCCAAGGCUGUCAAUAUUUGCAGCAUUAUUGUCUCUAUUUGCAUUGGUAUCUUCACGGGGUUGUAUAUAUAUAGAAGAACAUUGGCCCGGGCCAAAGAGCUAGAAGCGAAAGAAAGGGAGGACAUCCGACGCUCGCUGCAAACUGACCAUGCUGCCCAUCGCCCCCAUGGCGCGUUUUCCGAGGAUCCGGAAGUAAACAGCGCGGCCGCUCUUCUUGCGCGUGAUGAAGAAGAACGCAUCGGAUUCGGCGACCUCGACGACGACCAUGUCGACCUGGCGAUUGACGAUGAGAGUGGCAGUGAGACCUCCCCCCAGCGCACACAAGCCUCCCCUUAUCGCGAUGAAUUUACCGACAACGAUUCAGAUAUCUUCAAAGAUGGUGAUGGGGCCCAUGAGGAGAUGUAUACCCUACAUACACACGUGCGGAAACCCUAGGGCUCAUGGUUGACCCGGAACAGUCAAUAGCGAGGGCGUUGGUGGCUACGUGAUAGAUAUCUGCGGUUACGAGUGAUGACAGCACACUUUUCCGGAUGGACAUGACGGUUUAUAAAUUCCCUUUGGGGGUU